AUGAGUCGGCCAUUGCCUUGCCCCCGUGGUUGCGUGAGUCAAGCUAGUGGCCUGUGCAUGUCUAUCUGGCAUCAUGGGACUCCCUGCGUGGUUGAAUUCUCCUACACACUCUCAAAUUCCUUUGAGCGGAGCACCAAAUUUGGGUCUCAGUCCCUGUAUCUCCAAUUAGACAUUGAGUUCAGGAUAUUUCAAGCAAAUAUCUCGAUUCACUGGGUCCACCGUUGGCCAUGCCAGGCGCAUCAGGACACCCCUUUUCACAUUAAUCUCCACGGUUUCACUUGUUUGAUUGUGGACAGCACCGACGUCCACGAAAACCCCAGAAGGCACGACUAA